AUGGCGAGCGAGAGACUGCGGGUUGCGGGCUUCGGAGGUGCGGCGGAGGUGGGGCGUCCGGCGGGCUUCUUGGCUGCGGGUGGAAGUUACGAGGGCGGCGGCGAGGGAGACGAUGAACAGUGUCUCUCCGCUUUCUUUGGCUUAUCGACUGCGGCUGACACAUUAAGUUCAGGCCAGUCUAUGAAAGAUGGAGAGAAACUGGUCUCUACUGGCCAAAGCUUUGAGCUCGGCUUCUUCUCUCCUGGCAACUCCAAGAACAGGUACUUCGGCAUGUGGUACAAGAUCUCUCCAGAAACAGUUGUUUGGGUUCCCAACAGGGACAAGCCACUUACGAAUUCACAUGGUUUUCUCACGUUUAGCCAUGAUGGAGAUCUAGUUCUUGUCAACCAAUCGAAGAUUGUCGUCUGGUCUUCAAAUUUGUCCAGGGUUGUGAAAAAUCCCGUUGCUCAGCUCUUAGACACUGGAAAUCUUGUCCUUAGAGAGAAUUCUAGUUUGAAUUGUGAUGACUAUAGAUGGCAGCGUUUUGAUCAUCCGUCAGAUACUCUACUAACUGGUAUGAAAUUAGGAUGGGACGUGAAAAUUGGUUUCGAAAGGUGUCUGACUUCUUGGAAAAGCAAGGAUGACCCUUUCCCCUGGAGAUUAUACUUUCAGUUCUAUGUUGCGAGUACAAGAAGCAAUGCCUGGAAUAUCAUGUACUCGAUACCCAAUGAUAAAUGUGAUGCUUACGGUGCUUGUGGAGCCAACGGUGUAUGUAGAAUUAACAGAGAUCCAAUAUGUGAUUGCUUAAAGGGGUUUGUACCGAAGUCUCCAGAACAAUGGGAUCUCCUCGAUUGGUCUGGUGGAUGCAUGAGGAGAAUACCAAUAAAUUGUUCCGACCUGCUGGAGUUCUGGUUGAACAACAACAUGAGCCUCGAGGAAUGUGAGGUCGAGUGCUUAAAGAACUGUUCAUGUACAGCUUAG